UCCCACGGCGCAUUUCCUCCCAAACGACGAUGGCGACGCAAGCACCGGCCGCCGCAACGCCUGACGCGAAGGUGCAGCUGAUAUACCCUCCGAAUGUGCAGGCGAACUCGACCGUGAACACUGUCAAGUUCAUCACCGCCUCCCUCGCUGGUGCCGUGGCGGGCAUUCUGGGCCUCCAGCACAUCAAGGGCUUUGCGCUAUUCGGCGCUUCUACGCUGCUUACCGCGUUCUGCCUGUUCGCCAUCAACUGCCGCGGGUCACCAGCGCGGUACGUGCCCGGCGGCCUGCCUGCGCUCGUGAACCCGGGCAAGGACAACGCGUUCACGUUCGUCCUCGUUUGGACGCUCUUCUACGGAAUCGUGCACGUGUACGACUGAAUGGGGCGCGUGGAUGGAUCUUCUCACCGUCCAGCUUAAUUCUUGGGGGGCCCAGGCACGGCGCGCAGAGAUAUACUUCCCGCCUGUACUCGAAUCUGGUUCUGGUUCGGAUUACACGUACGCUUUGCGAGCCAGCUUGGGGGCGUG